GCAUUGUUUUGUGCUGUCACUGACAGUGUAGUCACUACAGACGUAAGCGGAGCGUGUGACUGUACGAGCUGGCUGCGUGACGUCAUCCGUGGUGCAUUAUAAGUGAUGCUCCAGAUUGUGUACUAUGCGGGGUCAGUGUAGCGGUGCUCGGAUGGGGAGCUAUUCCAGGAGCUGUUUAUUUUUCCAGGGCCGGGAUCUAAAUUUGGAAGGGUGACAUGGGAGGCAGGGGAUGUGCUCGGGAGGAGGGGGGGCGGUGUGUGCCAGUCCUCAGCUUGUUAUUCUGCAUUAGUCAGCCAGACGUCGUGUGCUGUUAUGUUCCCCUCACCGGCCUGUUGCUAGGAGACGGCGGAGGAGUAAAGGGGUAAUGCGCCUAGUUGUGAAUGAGCUGCUCCCAUCGCACAGGGUCACACGUCGGGCUCAUGAGGACGUGUGAAGGUGAAGAAUGGCCACUGUGAGCUCCGAAUUCUUCAAGACUCUAUGAAGAGAAGUAAAUGUGCCAAUGGAGACACUUUAAGAACAAGCAUGCAUAUCCGGCAGUAAAGGAGUCCAAAAAGGAAUUUUGCCAAAACGUUCAAUGUGUUUAGCACCCAGCAGGAAAGAUGAGGCUGAAAUGGAAACUUCUGAUAGAACGUCUCCUGCUUCCAUCAUGCAUCCCAAGCCAGAACAAGCCCCCCAGGAACGAGGCACCAGCCGACUGUAUCUCAUUGCUGCAAUACUUACCUGGCUGGUAACAGGUACCACCAUCUCUAGUCUUAACAAAUGGAUAUUUGCCGUUUACAACUUUAGGUACCCCCUGUUACUGUCCUCGCUUCACAUGCUCACGGCCAUCCUGUUGGACUAUCCCAUUCUCAGGUGGGGAUUGGUACAUGUCAACACCGAGGAGGAUCUGACCCUGCACACCGGUGCCCGCUUUAAAGUGUUCCUGCUGAGUGUGACCUUCUGCUCCAGCAUUGCCUUUGGGAAUCUCGGACUGAGCUGCGUUCAGCUUUCUUUUGCACAGAUGAUUUACACUACUACCCCAAUUUUCACCUUGGCUCUUUCAAAGCUUUUGCUGGGCACCAAACAUCAUGCCCUUAAAUAUACUGCCAUGAUACCCAUAUGUCUGGGAGCUUGUUUCAGUAUUAUUGGAGAAGUGCAGUUUGACCAGACCGGGUGCAUCUACCUUUUCGCAUCGACAUUUCUCAGGGGGCUGAAAUCCAUACAACAGAGUUCACUCCUUAAAGAUGAAAACAUCGAUUCAGUGACCCUGCUGUACCUGAUGUCCAUCCCCAGUUUCUGUAUCCUGCUACUGGCUGCUUUGCUGCUCGAGACGGGGGUGGCGUGGGAGAGCCCCCCUGACUGCGAUGAUAGACUUUGGCUCUUCAUCCUUCUGAGUUGUUUGGGAUCUGUCCUGUACAACCUUGCAAGCUUCUGUGUCAUCACACGGACAUCUGCUGUCACCAUACAUGUGCUAGGCAACCUAAAUGUGGUUGGGAACCUUGUCCUCUCGAGGGUGGUCUUUGGAAGCCAUUUGACAUUUCUCAGUUACACGGGCAUUGGUCUUACUUUGGCUGGAAUGUUUAUGUACCAUAACUGCGAUUUAAUCGCUGGAUACAUUAGCUCUAGGCGUCCUCCUCAUGCCACAGAAAGACGCGUUAAGUCUGACUAGAUCCUUCCUGCGAAGAACUUACCUAUUAACCAGUGUACUGAGGUCCCUUUUAAGGAACAGGUCGGCUUCUAUUUGUAUAUGUGAACUCCAACUUGAAGAACAGCAUAAAGGAUUAAAGUCCAAUGUUAAUCUGGCAUCUAAACUGUGCUGAAGAUUUUAUCAGGGCAUCUAGAGGGCACAAGUGACUGAAUGUUUCUUUCAUGAAACGAUAUAUUAAUAUAAUUUUAGAUCCUUGUUUUAGUUCACUCUGGUUUUUCAGAGGGAUAAUAUAUUUUCUUAUCUGUACUCCAUGCAAUAUAGUUCAGUACUGAACACCAAAUUAUUGGACCUGAAAAAGAGCCAAACAUAUUAACCAGCUGACUCUCCCCUUCCCUGGAUGAAAUAAAGGGAAAUAUAUCUUUAUUACUAUACUGUAUAACUAGUAAACGUGAUAGAUUAUAGAUGUGCUGUCAUCAUGACGAAGUAAAGCACAGUAUAUUACUCUUAGGUAGGGAAGCUGUUAUGUGUCGUAAUCCCCACAAUAGGUGCCAUAUGUCAUCAGACAUUUAUUUAAAUGCCAUGUCCACCUUUUCAGCAGUUUGUUUUAUUUAUUGCUCCAAUGCCUCCUAAAUGAAAAAUGAAUCAACUUUUAAAACCAUUUUCAUAAAAAAUAUCCUACCAUUUUGUGCCUAUAGAUGGUAUACAAAUCUACAGUGUGCGCCUACAUACUAACAGGCUACAAACACAUCCUGUACAAUGUCAUCCUGUAGUCAUGUUCCUUUGUAUUAGCUCCCUACUUCUUCCUAACAUACAUUAGGUUGGGAAAAGGUGGGGGUUUAUAUUGGGGCAAGUAUGACUGCAGAAUCACAUUGCACAGGGCGUGUUUGUAGUCUGUUACCAUGGAGACACAUUGUUCUGCUGAGAAGCUGUAGUAACAACACAUUAGUAUAUUUUUAAUAGUGAUUGUUUGAAAAGUUGUAUAAUUUUUUCACACUAUGGAGCAAUGUAAUUAUUUUUGUGAAGGUAUACAUUUGAUGAUACUUACUGGGAACCUUUCAGCAGGAUAUUGCCUUCAAUCUGCACCCAUUAUUGUGACUUAUAAAUGAAGUCAAGGAGGCUGGCUAUUUCUUUCUCCAAAUCAAGAUUCAUGUGGCCAAACCUUCACCAUGUCCUGUCAUUGACAUUUUCUAUCACAAACACCGCCCCCCCCAUUGCUUCCCAGUGCAUGCGAUAGAUAUUUCAAUCAAUAGACAAGGUGCAGGACUUGGGCCCUUCAAUCUCAACUCGGAGAAAGAAAGAGCCAAUCUCUGCAGGGAAUAAAGAUGUUUUCGCUGCAUUUACAAGUCACAGGAACUGUAAAGAACACCAUCGGGGACAACACAAAAGGAAUGUCCAUGGAGUUUGCUCAACAAUGGCCCAAAUUUAUUUGGACUGUGACCUAGCAACGUAUGGUGACUAUGACUCCUUCAGACAGUGGUUUCAGAAUAGGAACAUGGUUGCUUGUCCCCUUAGCUAGAGCUGGGAUUUCAGGCAGUAUAAGGGUAUGACAGGGUUAAAAUCCACCACAUACCUAUGACACCACAGAAACCGCAGUGGUUUCUGCCCCAGUUGUCCUCCCUUAAUGCCGCUGACCAGUUCACAGCUUAGCUCCAAUUCAUUAGAGCUGAGCCGCGAGUGGACUGCCACCACGGUUACAAGCCAUGGGUGUCCACGCCAAAAUUCUGCAGGAUAAAGAAACGCCAUAUGAACGGGUUAUGGCCACACGUGGUGUAAAUAAUGCAGAUAUUUCUCAGUGGAUUUCUGUUUGGAAAAUCCACAGUGUUUCCAUUAGCAGCUAAGAGGAUGAGAUUUGAACAAGUAUCCAUAUGCUGUGAAAAAAUUCUGCCACAAAAUCCACACAUAACUUAACAUGCUGUGCAGAUAUUUAGUCCGCAGCAUGUCCGCAGAUUUUCACCCUUUACAAUGAAAACAGUUAAAUGUAUGGUAAACCUACAAGUAGGGCUGCAACAAGUACUCGACUAAAUCGAGUAAUUCGACACCAAAAAAUUCUUGAUGCAAAUUGUGAAUACUCACCUUUACAGCAGGGGGCCUCCGGACACUCCACAGCACGUCCAUGGUCCCGUGCACUGACCUUCUGACAUACGCACGCCGUGACCUGAUGCGCUGUGUGACGUCAGACGCUGAGAAGCGCAGAACGAUGGAGUGUCGGCGGCGCCCCUGCUGGAAAAGUAAGUUGGUGCGACUAAGGCCGGGCGCUGUGCACUCUGGCUGUCAGGAGGAGCAGU